GUACAUCGUGCCUGAGGACCCAUCAAAAACACCUUCUGUAAUGAGACCCCAGACCUUUAGCCUCUCCCUAUAUAUUCUGCACGUCCUGCAGUAGCCCGGCUCCACAAGGGCCCGGUACCCACGGGAUUCUGUUUCACACGGCACCCGUUACCUGCAGGGACAGCGAGGAGCCAAAUGACAGUAAAGACAAGUUGGGAACAGAGUCCCAGUCGCCAGAUGCGUGCGGAUGAACAUACAGCAAGAUGAGUCAGAAAAUGGUCAAGGACGGCCCCAGGCUCUCCAAGAACCAGAAGUUCUCAGAGCACUUCAGCAUCCACUGUUGCCCGCCCUUCACCUUCCUCAACUCCAAGCGUGAGAUCGUGGACCGCAAGUACAGCAUCUGCAAGAGCGGCUGCUUCUACCAGAAGAAGGAGGAGGAUUGGAUCUGCUGUGCGUGCCAGAAGACCAGCCGCCGUGCCAGGUCUCCUCAGAGGCCCAAGCACCAGCCAGCUGCAUCCCCCGUGGUGGUCAGAGCGCCGCCAGCCAAGCCAAAGUCCCCUCCGAGGCCAGCCAAGCCAAGGUCCCCUUCGAGGACUGAGCGCCAGCCGCGUCCCCGCCCAGAGGUCCGACCACCACCAGCCAAGCAGAAGCCCAAGCAACCAGCACGCAGCAGCCCCGUCAGAGGGCCAGGCACCAGCCGUGGGGGGUCUCCCACCAGAGCUUCUAGGUUCUGGUAACACCAUCUCUUCCCUUUCGUUUCCCCCUAGCCUAAGAUUGAAAAGGAGGAGCAGGUCAACCCCAAGAAAAAAGUGACGGAGAAGGGUUUUCCGGUGAAUGGACAGCCUCCUCCUGCGGACUUACUUCGUUGAAAGCCCUCGACCCUCAGCCAAGCUCUCUGGCUUCGAGAACGAUGCAGUGUCAGCCCCCUGCUGAUGUGACGUCUACAGAUGCCCUCAGUCCUCCUGGUGUGGGAGCCUCAGGGCAGCCUGCCUGGAGCACUUUGAUGAUACCAUCCCGUCACCUCCCUCUGUAACUGCCCAGGAGAGAUCGGCCAUCGAUCCUCUCGACUCUCCACGGACUCAGGUUCCUCUAUAUGAAGAUUUGUGGCGCACAACUAUCCAAAUGGCAAAUACAAAAAGGGAAUUGUUGGUGCACAACUAUCCAAAUGGCAAAUACAAAAAGGGAAUUGUUGGUGCACAACUAUCCAAAUGGCAAAUACAAAAAGGGAAUUGUUGGUACACAACUAUCCAAACAGCAAAUAUAAAAAGGAAAUUGUCGAGCUUUGGCAGCGAUGUGAGGAAAAGUUCUAGAAACUACUGAGGGAAAUGUGUACACUGUCAUCACACCACUGUAUUCCGGGACACUAGUGAGGCAGGGCGUCCUAAAACCUCUAGUCAAGCGACUGUAAUUUCAGGCAUCCAUCCUGGAGAAAACUAACACACACUUAGAGAAGAGAAAAAGGCACACGUUUGUUUGAAAGAUCACGGUUUGUAGGUAAGAGAGGAAGAUAGAAUGCAAUUAAACAAAAUGUCUGUCCAUAGGGGAAUGAAAGAAUCAGUUUCGGGAUAUUUGCAAAUGAAGUCCUGAACAGCAGUUAAAAGCGAAUCUGUCAGAGAGACCAUACCAAGUAGGUGAAUCUAGAAAGCAAAGCAAGGACCAUAAAACACAAGCAUCAGGCAGUAAACCCAGCAUGACAUCCUAUCAUAAAUAUUGACAACCCACAAUCCUAUACUGGUUAUUGCUCAAUAAGGAGAAGCCAUAAGAUCUCAUUCUUUUUCUAUACUGCAAUAAAAUUUAAAAAUGACAGCCAAAUAUAAAAGUAUUAAAAAUGAGUCCUCUCAGAAAUAAAAGUAUAAGAAAUAACUCCUGGCUUGAGGAAAUAACCCAGACUAAAAACUACAUAGAAAUGAUUUAACAAUACUAGCUGGACAUACAUUUGUUUGAAGAGGGUAAAUGGGAAAUUUGUGAACCGCCUGGGGUGCUUCUAUGGAUAUAUAAACCUUAAACACCAAAAACCAUUUGUUUUGAGUCAGUUUUGGGUCUGGGCUAGAGUCCUUGGCUCCUUAUGUCUGUCUCCUGACCCGGGAGAAAAGGGAACCAAUUGGAAUACGCUCUCAAAUUUUCCUUUAAGGAAUGGGUAGGCAGGAAAGGACAAGGGACGUUGGGGAAUGCGGAGGGAUGUGAAAUGGACAGUAUUAGGUGGAGGGAAACUUAACGUAGGGACAAGAAGAGCAUCAGGGAUGGCCUUGUGCUGGGAGCCGGGGUGGCCAAGCACAGGAGGUCACUUGAAGACCCCGAAGGUCACCCUCGCAUCCUCACAGCCAGACCGGGCAAAGUUCAGAUUCAAGUACAAGGAUGGGGGCCAUGUUCAAGGUGUGGAGCCGGAGCGAGAGGAAGGCAGCAAGGAGGAAGGAGGAGAUGGCUCAGAAGGCUGCGUCCCCGCGAGGAGAAGCAGGCCAAACACCGUCCCAGGGGACCGGAAGGGUGCCGGCUUCCUAACCCGAGGGCACCGUGGCCCUGUGCCAAUGCAGAGGCAGGCGAAUUUAACUGCAUGACAGCUUCCUGCAGAAACUCAGGUGCUAAAGGGACAUCCACGGGACCACCUCUGUGGAGGACAGGUUCUGACCGUGAGCUGCCCCAAGGCCAUCAUCACCUUCCUGAGAGUUACUGGGCUGGGAAGAACGCGACGGGACAGGAACGCACAGUAAGCCCACGGAACGCACAGUAAGCCCAUGGGGGACACGAAGUCUAGCCGCGCCCCAACCCAUUAAGGAAACUUCAUGCUCAUCCGUCUCGUCUUGAUGUUAGCAAAGCAAGACCCCCAUCCCCAGUGCUCGCCUGUCUCGCCCUCCCUUCCAUUUAACCAAGCAACAGAGAGCUUGUUAACCCGCGCACAGCACUGGAUAUUAGCCCAUUACUGUGGAUAACCAGACACUACUAAAUUUUGUCUGCCUUCUGUAGAAAUAAAACCUGGGGUUGGAUCAAA